ACCAACAAGGCCGCUGCCCAUAGGAAUCUACGUCGGUGUAGAAAUAAUCGGCGCUUGCGAGUAGAGAGAGUGUUUUUAGAUCGUACAAAUCCGCUGGAAAUAUACAGAGAUGUCGAACUUUACAAGCGGUUUCGAUUUACGAGAGACACUCUCCAAUUCAUAUGCGAAAUUUGCUUUGACGUAGAGAGACACACAAAUCGAAGUUUGCCGAUCCCAGUGGCACUAUCGGUGUGCACCUACCUGCGGUACGUUGCUAGCGGGGACCUGCAGCUCACCGUGGCUGACAGCACUGGUCUGUCACAGGCUACAGUUUGUAGGGUCUGUGCACAGGUCAGUGCUAUAUUGGCCGCAAAAGUGUCGGACUUCGUCAAGUUCCCGACUGGAAUAGACGCCGCCCGUGUGAAGCAAGGGCUUGGAGCCAUAGCCGGUUUCCCUAAUGCGCUUGGAUGCAUAGACUGCACGCACAUAAACAUAAAGAAACCAAAUGAAAAUGUAGAAGAUUUCAUUGGACGGAAAGGGAUCCCGACCAUUAACGUACAGGCGAUCUGUGAUGCAGACUACAAGAUAACAAGUUUCACAGCGAACUGGCCGGGAAGAACACACGACGCAAGGAUAUGGAGGAAUUGUGAACUCCGGAACCAGUUUGAAAACGGACAACAUGCUGGCCUACUCAUCGGAGACAGCGGGUAUGGUUGUUCUCGCUAUUUGCUGACACCCUAUUUACGACCAGUAAACCAGUCCGAAGACAGAUUCAACAGGUCACUCUGUAGAACAAGAGUGAUGAUUGAACAGACAUUCGGGAUGUUAAAGAACCGAUUCGGAAUAUUGGGACGCAAGAUCCGCGCAACACCAACAAGGGCUGUACAGCACAUUAGUGCAUGUAUCGUUCUGCACAAUAUUGGAAUUGCGCGCAACGACUCAGUCGAGAUCCCUGAAAUUGAUGCCUAUGAAGCAGCACAACCUGUAGCCAAUCCGCCUGACAAUGUGGAUGGACGCGCUAUGCGGCAUUUCAUUACUGAAACAUAUUUCAGUAGAAUGUAAGAAAGGAAAGAAACUGAAGAUGAACUAAAUAUGCUUAUUGCAUAAUUAGCUAUGCAUUUUCCUUGUAUUACCUGUAAAUGUAUUUUAUGCAGACAUACUGUUUAAGAAACACUAUACAUGUAAAAUGUAUAACAUUCUCCUUUUCAAAGUACCUUCAUACAUUAUAUGAAAACUGUUCAAGGGGUAUAUCGAAGGUGUUUCAUGAUAAACAGAUAAUUAUUUAACCAAAACAAGUUUGCAAUAUUUUUAAUCAAACAGCUUCGAAGAGGGGCAUAAUAAAUAAAUGACGUGAGUCAAGCAAUCAUUUAAUAAUAAAAUAAAUCCUUACACUUUUUUUUAACUUUUUAACUUUACAAACAACUUUUUACGCCUUAAAGGGAUCUUUUCACGCUUUGGUAAAUUGACAAAAUUGAAAAAAGUUGUUUCAGAUUCGCAAAUUUUCGUUUUAGUUAUGAUAUUUGUGAGGAAACAGUAAUACUGAACAUUUACCAUGGUCUAAUAUAGCCAUUAUAUGCAUCUUUUGACGAUUUUAAAACCUAAAAAUUAUAAAGCGUUGCAACGCGAAACGAUUGAAUAAUUUGGAGAGUUCUGUUUUUGUCGUUAAAUUUUGUGAAACUACGAAGAUUCCUUAUAUAAGGUAUAAAAUACAUCACAUAUGUGUAAUCGGCGGAAUAGCUCAGUAGGCUAAAGCGUUUUUACUUCAGGACUCUGGCAGGACUCCAGGGGUCACUGGUUCGAAACCUGGUCCGGGCAAUGUUCUUUUCCUUUUUUUAAUUUUAUUCUUGAUUUUUUUACUGGAGCUUUUACGAUCCAAUGUUAACAUUUAUCGAUAUAAAGCAUUUAAUGAAUAAGCUAAAAAAUGCCAAAAUCUGUGAAAAGGCCCCUUUAAGUCAAAUCGAAUUCUAUAAGUUACCUAACACCUUUGCAUUGUAAUACAUGGUCUUAGACUGUAGAUAAAUGGCAUUAUUUUCCUCGUUUUUGAUUUUUAACUUCACAAGUUGCUUUUCCAGUAUAAUUUUCUCAAUUUCAUGAUUUAGUUUCUCAAUUUCUAUGUUAAUUUUCUUAAUGUCUACUCGCAGAUCUUCAGACGUUAGGCAGUCGAUGCUGCUCUCAGUUAUGGUGCGCCUCUUGUCCGACUUCUUUGAGAAUGCUAAAAAUGAUAUAGGAUUACAAACAUGAUGUUACAUUGUCAUGCAUUUUCACAGUUCAUAAGAUAUUGUUCAAUGUCUUUUUUUAAAUUUUGACUUGUAGACUGCAAUGUUUUCAUAAGUUGAAAGUUAUUGAUAUUUAAACUUACUAAAGUUUGAACAUCAUUUAAUCAAUCUCUUAAAACUAUAUUUAUAUAAAAUCUUACACUCCUUUCUUUUCAGUCCACGUUCGACUGGUUCAGUGCGUCCUGUGUAAAUGAUAAAAAUAUGUGUAUGUCGAAUGAUGAAAUUAAAUACAACUGUGUAAUCGUUACAAUUAGAGUUAUUGUGGUAUGAAGUUUUUUUACUGAAAAUAAACCCCACCUCUCCGCCACCAACCAAACUAACAUGCGACGGCAGCGAAGUUCGAACCAGGGUCGCCUAGGUGAGAAGCGAGUGUGCCAACCACUGCGCUAGCCGGACAGCCUAGAAUGAAGUUACGUUUUGAAAAGGAAUAACGCUCGUAACAUUAAUUUUUAUAUAUGGCUAGGACAAUGGUUAUAAGGUGACCACACAGACGAACAGACAGAUUGAUUAACAUAGGACGCUUUCUUUGCGGAAUGAGGAAGUUGUAUUUUUUUACAGGUUAUUGCAAAAUAUUUGACUGAGCAAUUGCAUGUACACUGUAACACACCUUCCUUUUCUCCAUCAUGUUCUUUACCGUCGUUUUCCACUGAAACACAACAUGAACAAUUUUAUUCAAAUCACAAGAGGGCUACAAUGGUUCUAUAUCGCUCACUUGACUCAUGUUUUUUUCUACAGACUGAUACUCUUUUCCUCACCGUUUCAGAGAUUGUUUUUCUUUUCAAUAUUAACGUGUUAGCACACAUUUGCCCCUGAAUGGGAUAUAAUUAAAACAUGAACGGGCGACUGACGGACGGACGAAUUUGGCGAGCUAUCACGAACAUGAAAAUCUCAUAUUUUCAGUCAUGAAGACAAAUUAAAAAUAAAGUUAUGAUUAUUCAUUUUUUUAAAUAAAUGUAUUUAAAUUGUUGUGUAAUUUAAUAAUGAAAUAAUGCAAUGCAUUAAAAAGAAAAUGUAAUAACUUACAAUCGUUUUUGUUCGCCAGGUGUGUA